CAGGAGCUGUCCUCUCAGCACCAUGGGACACACCUCUCCCUGGGCACAGAGGAAAGCGCGAGCCCACAGUGUGACUGUGUCAGCAAAUGGUUUGUGAUUGCGCUUCUCUUAUUCUUUGGGGUCUUCUUUGGAGAAUUCUGAAAUAUGCAAACUCGUACUCAGUUUGUCCUACUGCUGUUGCGUGACUUGAGACGAAACACGUAUCUCCUUGAUCCUUUCCCAAGGCCACGGAUUUAAGCACAAUCACGGAUUUAACAUGAGCAUUCUCUCGUGGAAAUGUGUUUUCUACCCUGCUGUGUUUGGUUUAAUGGUCAUAUUUCUGGACCUAAAGACAGAUGCAAUGAUGGAAGGUUCCUCUAUGGGAUACCUUGAUCUGCCUUAUACUCAGGAGCCUGCAGUGUUUCCACGCAUCACUCACAUAUCUGAGGUGAAGCCAUCGCGUGAGAGCCACGCGGUUAUCUCUCGACGAAAAAGGAACAUCCUUUUUCCAAGUGGAGUCAAACUGUGCGCGCAAGAGACCGCUGAGCAAGUCAUUGCAAACCAUCUGAGCUACUUUCAUCUCAGAGUGUGCCAGGAGACCAUAUGGGAGGCAUUUAAGAUCUUCUGGGACCGCCUCCCAGAGCAAGAAGAGUACCAAAGCUGGAUGAGUCGAUGUCAGGAGGGCAUAGUCUCUGCACGGGAUAUUGGCAGCUACUUUAGUAAGUCAGAGGAGCAUCAGACUCUGGCUAAAAAGAGAAUGUCGCUGCCUGGUUUGAAGAGUGAGCCCACCAGGUCCUGGCAACAUAUGUGCAGCACUCCAACACCAGACACACCAGAAUCCUUUGAAGCUCCUGAGCUAGAAGACACAGCUGAAAACAAGGAGGAGGAUUCCCCUGCCAUUUCACCAGGAGUAGAGGAGAGUCCUCUUUACAAUGAUAUAACCGUACAACCGCCUACUCCUGCUCCGCUGGAGCAGGUUGUGGAGCUAAGCAUCCUGUUGUCAGGAGAAAUGUACAACGAGAGCCUCGCUGAUCCGGCCAGCCUCCAGUACCAAACACUCAGCAGACAGCUCGCUGAAAAGAUAGAGGACGCUCUGGAGGGCCUUCCUGGAUUUAAAAGUGUGUCUGUAACUGACUUCAGACCGCAAGAUGACGGAGAGGGCAGGUUUGGUGGUUUGGUGGUGGACUAUGCCGUCACAGUGGUGGUGAAUGGAGCAGGAGUGACCGCUGAACAACUGAACUACCUGACGCUACAGUCGAACCAAGUGGAGAACUCCUAUCGGGAGAUCAAGGAGCACCACACCGUGGUCCUCACCAUCAGUGAGGACAACAACAUUUUCAUUGAAGCCCUAGAUGACAAAAAGCUGGAGAGUGUGUCUGAGAUUCCUCACUCUAUCAACACUGAAGACGGAGCCAUGAUCAUUGCUCUUGAUAAGCCGCCAGAGGUCCUGACCCUGGAAGAGGACAUCAAAAGUGAAUCUUCAGAAACCAACACAGUGGCAACAACAGAAAAUAAUGUUAUUGUUCUAGAGGAGAGUGAAGUUGCAUCUCCUGCUCUUGUUCCGACCUUCCGUAUACCUGAAGCUGCCGGGAUUGAGAAGGAGGGUUUGUUGCUGGAGGAUACUGUGCAGAUUCCCUCUGUAGAACCUCCUCCACCUGAAGAUCUUCCAGCUGAGCUGCCAGGAAGCGUCACACUGCCUGAACCCCCAGUAGAAAUUGAAGCCUCUGGUUCAGUCCCAGAUGUUUUGGAGGGGCUAAUUGAACCAUCUACAAUCACUCCAGAAGAGGAGGAAAUUUCCCUUGGGGAAACUGCUUCAGAGGAAGAGGUGAAAACAGAAGAAAUCACCAUAAAUGCAGAUGUUACAUCUGGAGCUGAGGAAGAGAUAUUUGGACCUACAGCUGUACCUAUGGAAGAGGAGAAUCCAGAUGAUGUUGUUGAGAUUAUAGAGGAGCUUGAAAUCUCUACUGUCAUAACUGAAACCAAGGAAGAAAAGGGUCUGCCUGCCCAAAUACCAAUUCCAGAUGCUGUAGAAAUAACUAGUGAAGCAUCACAGCCAGAGCCAACGAAGAUGAGUCUUCUUCCCGUUGGCGAUAACUCCAUUGAGGGGACAUCAGAAGAGUCUAACCCUGCAGAUAUUCCACCUGCUAAUGAGGAGGCUAACACCCCAAAACCUGAGAAUGCAGCCAUUAAUGUGCUGUCGGCCAGCCACGAGGAACCUGAAUUUGAAGAGAAUGGCUUGGAAGAAUCAGCAGAAAAUCAGGAUCAGGAAAGAAAGGAAGAGGCUCUGUCUGAAGCUCCAGUUGUAGUAGAAGAGCCUCCAGAAACUCCAGAGAUCUCUAGAGAAGAUCUUAGAGAUGAUGAAAUCUUACUGGUUAACAAAGAUGUUCCUGAACCACCAGUGACAGAUUCUCUGGGCCCUGCCCAACCAACUGCUCUGUCUCCAGAGAGGGAGUCACCCUUUACCCGUAUCUCUUAUGUAAACCCUGAUUUUGAUGAUGAGCCUGACGCAGACAUGCCUUUACUGGUGGAGGUGGAGAUCCAGACUACUGAUGAUGGCUUGGAUGAUACCACCACUGGAGACCAUGGUUAUAAUGUGGUUCAGUAUGGUUAUGGUUUGAUUAACCACACAGAGGAGGGCAGCACCGGAUUCCCAAUAGGUGUGGGCCACGGCACAGACCAGGCUAGUAUUGCCAUGCCUGUAAACCCUGGACGAGCACUGAUGGUUUUCUUUAGUCUGAGGGUGACCAACAUGAUCUUCUCAGAGGAUCUCUUUAACAAGAGUUCCCCAGAGUACAAGGCUUUGGAGCAACGCUUCCUUGAACUGCUUGUGCCCUACCUACAAUCCAACCUCAGUCACUUUGAAAACCUGGAGAUCUUGAACUUCCGAAAUGGGAGCAUUGUAGUCAACAGCCGGAUGAAAUUCGGGAAGCCUGUGGCUCGUGGCGUCACAACAACUGUCUACUUGAUCUUGGAGGACUUUUGUAACACAGCCUACCAGACCAUGAACCUGGCCAUUGACAAGUAUUCACUGGAUGUUGAAUCAGGUGACCAGGCUGAUCCCUGUAAGUUCCAGGCGUGUAACGAGUACGCUGAGUGUAAAGUGAACAAGUGGUCUGGGGAGGCAGAGUGCGUCUGCAAUGCUGGGUAUUUCAGCGUGGAUGGCUUGCCCUGUCAGAGCAUCUGUGAGCUGCAGACUGACUUUUGUCUCAAUGACGGCAAAUGCGACGUCAUCCCUGGCCAGGGAGCCAUCUGCAGGUGUCGCGUCGGGGAGAACUGGUGGUACAGAGGAGAACAUUGCGAGGAGUACGUGUCCGAGCCGCUGGUUGUUGGCAUAGCGAUUGCCUCUGUAGCUGGCUUCCUACUGGUGGCCUCUGGUGUCAUCUUCUUCCUGGCCAGGACGUUACGGGAUCAGUAUGACAAGGAUGAGUCAGAGGACCCCAUACGGCGAGCAGAGAGUCUCCCAUCUUUAGAGAGGGCGACCAAGUACAACCCCAUGUAUGAGAGUGAAGCGACCACAGGCUACAGUCACUACUACCGCCGCUACCCUGAAGCUCCCGUGUACAGCAGUGCCAGCGCUGAGGCCUCCACUGACUUCAGCAGCGAGGAGAUACGACACAUCUAUGAGAACAGCGAACUGACUAGGGAGGAAAUCCAAGACAGGAUACGCAUCAUUGAGCUCUAUGCUAAGGACCGGCAGUUUGCAGACUUCGUACGGCAGCACCAAGCUGUCCUGGAUACCCAGAGAGAGAGCUCCUCUACACAGAUAUGAAGCUGUCCUGUGAACGAUGAGAAACGCACCUGUGUUUCUUAACGUCAAGCUCCCGUCAAGACUGUCAUCUUUUCUUUGCCACAAUUCUCAGAGCCUGGAUUGCACUGUUUAAACUGGACUGUCUCACAGCAUAAGUCUCUUACAAUCUCCACAAAAAGUCUGCGUCCGUCUCUGCCUGUGCGAGGGCAGAGGUGCUGAUGCUUCUUCCUCCGCCCUCAGUGCCUUUUCUUGACUGGGUAAGCUUGUUGUGACAUCACGGGAUCCAUCUGCUGCUUAUUUAUUGGACAUUUCCCUGCAAGGAAAAGUGGACCGCAUCCUGUUACUUGAAAUUUUGACAGAUGAACUGCACCAAGUAGAAUUUUUAUUUAGUGUGGCAUAAUGGGCUCUUUUCAUCAUGCCUACCUGUCCAUUCUUAAAAGGGAAGAACAUAAAUACAUGUGAAUAUGUAUGUAUUGUAUGUAUAUAGCUAAACUGAUGUCUGGUAGGGAAGACUUUUCUCUUUACAGUAGGGAUUCUCAGAGAGAUACUGAGAAAGCAACUUUUUUUUUAGUAAAUGGUGCUAUCUUAAUAUUAAAUGCUCUUUGAAACGUAGGUGUGCAAUUAGGGCUGUGCGAUAUGACCAAAAUCUCAUAUCCCGAUAUAAGACAUCUAUCGUCCGAUAACGAUAUAAAUCACAAAAAUGUAACAUUUUCUGUAAGUUCUGUGAAUCUCGGGCAGCUCGACUUGCGUGAAGUGUUUCCAGCUGGGCGUCGUGUACUGGAGUCGAGUGUUUUAACCGAUGCAUGAAACUAUACAUUUUUAGACAGAAGUUGUAACGGCCGCCGUUUUCUUUGUGAGUAUUUAUUACACGGCGUGCUGCGGGGAAAAGCCUGUUCUAACGUUUGAGUCUAAGUCUUUACUUUUUAGCACCUGACGGCUCUUUUUUGCUUCUCAUCCGUAAAUUCUUUGCAUACUCUUUCACGUGAUUCAGUUUAUUUUGAAAAGUCUCAACAGGAUCUUGAGCUUUCUUGUGAAAGGUUUAUGUGGAAAAUAAACAAGCUGACACGCGAUGGUUUUACCAUAGUUGUUGCUAACGACAACGCAUAAAAACAGGCGCUUCCGUAGUGUGGUUACAUUAAAUAUAAGAGAAAGCGAGAACUUUAAGAAAUUAAUAUAGCCACUACAGUGACCAUCAAAACCAUGAAAAAAUAUGUUUUUUUCAGUUUAUUUUGCAACACCACGAAACAAACGAUAGCGUAAAAUGAAACGAUAGACGUUUUUAUAUCGUCAUCCGAUACAUAUCGUUAUAUCGAACAGCCCUAUGUGCAUUGAUUCACUUUUACAAUUUAAAAGCAACACCAAGAAAUCAAUUAUGUAUAUUUGGAUAUUACGCUACAUUAAAAGGAUAGUUCAGCAUUUUCAGAUGUACGCUUCUCAGUUUCUAACAGAGUCUGUCAGGCUGGCUUUAGCAUAUAAACUCAAGAGGAGCAAAUCAGCAGUGUUUUUACGUAGAGUUUCAUUCAUUUUAUUUGGGAAAUUUGCUUGUCAAAGUGAAACCAGAAAGCUGGCAGUGGAAUUUUGAUCAGUCAUUCCUGAAAAAAAGCUAAAAGGCCACAACUACAACUAUAGAGAACAGUAUUAAUCUUUGAAUUCAUUUGUUUUCAGUCCGAUUGCGACAGGUGAAAUAGCUGAAUAAUAGCCACGCAGUCUGCCUUCACAAGCAUUUGUGAAAGAAUGGGUCUUUGUAAUGAGUUCUCUGAUUCUGAGGAUAUGAUGCCACCGUACAACAAAUCACUUCAUAAAAUUUCUUCCCGCUACAAUCAACUGAAAUUGGUAUAACAAAAACUCCAAACCUCCUCUGUUGUUAACAUCAGCACCGUAACUGGGCACCAAGAGCUUCAUGUCAUAGGUCUCAUUGGCUGAGCAGGUCGUCCAGAUGUAAUGUAUAGGUGGGCAAGUACUUUUCUACAUAUAGUGUUAUAUAAAUAUUGAAGAUUUGUUACAUCUUUAUAGCUGUCUGUACAAAAAUAUGCUUCUCUAUGUGCGUCAAAGAACAAAAACAUAAAAAGAGGGUUUUCACCACUUGAAAAACUUUACAUGUGGAUUUGCCUUUAGCGGUGCUCCAGACAGAGCCAGGCAAUAAGGUUUCUGCUUAUAUUCAGUUUUUGUACGUUUGGAUGUGCAGAUAUUGAAGAGGUAUUCAUCUUCCUCUAAACGUACUCCAGGAACAAUGUAUGUGACAAAAUCAAACUAUUCCUUUAAGGUGGCCAAAAGCUGCGAAGUUGUUAAGUGUUAGACUGUUUCUGUUUCUCUUCAUAAAUGACAAACUUUGGUGUUUGUUUAUAAUGUAUGACAAGGCAGACAAGAGUGAAAAAAAUGCUGGUGAGGGAAGAAAGGCAGAGAGCAUGAACCUUCUACAGCUCAGAAAUAAGUGAAAACACGUUUCAGUGGAAAAAUGCUCCAAGGCAAGCGGCCCAGGGAUUUGACCAAAUGGUGUGCUUUCAGAUGUCAAAUGCAAUGCAAACUGGAAGAACAGGAAAAACUAGGAAGAGCGAACUGAUAAACAACAUAUGCUCUUUGGAAAGAUGACCUCAAGCUGUGUCUUCUGCUGAGAGAAGCUGUACGGUUACCAGCGAUUCUUUAAAAAAGUGAUCUGUCCUUUGUCUGCCUAUCUGGCCACGAUACUCUUCUUUAAUCUGAAACCUUCUGACAGACUAAACCCAGUGCUUUCUUUGGCAUUCCCAUCCAUUCCUCCCUGGAUUUGUUGGACUUGACCCUUUUGGUCCUUUUAGAGGACCCUAAUAGCUACAACCCAGUUAGUUUUUAUCGUCAUCCAGUUUAUCCGCUGAUUCUGUUAUAGGGGGCCACAAUAAUAUAAUGUUGGAUAUAAAUAAUGACCUAGCUUCUUGUUUACAUAACACAUAUCCCGUCCUUUGGUCUUCUGUUAGAGCUCUACACAAGUGAAAAAAACAACACUGGUGGAACGGACUCUUAUGAUAUUGUCAUGCCUUUUGCAACUUAUUUUCAAUUUGUAUAUGUAUGCUUUUUUUUUUUUUGUUUGUCUGCAUACAGUUUUUAUCACCACCAUUUAUAACAUCCACUACCUGGACAAACAAGCCAAUCAUCACAUACAGUGUCCUGCCAUUAAAAUAGCAGUUGUCCUGUAGGAUGUAAAUUGUGUGUGUUUGCAGUGUUUCAACAUUUUCUUUUUAUACUGAUGACACCAUGUUAACAGUGUUAUCAUGCUGUGCAGCUGUGUAAAGGACUAAUAAGGUGUAACAAGUACAAAAAUAAAAUAUUUUAUUAUAAAAUGAAGAA